UGCGCUCUGGGCCCCGCGCGCCCCGCCCCCACCGGGGACCUGUUCGGAGGCUGCACCGCGGGGCUCAGGUUCCGACCCUCCCGCCACCAGGGGCCAGCCGAGCAUCCUAGCUCUUCGGCGGCGAGGGGCGGAACCGGAGCCUGAGGUCUGGGCUCCAGGUGGGCUCUUGGGAGAAUGAAGCAGGCCCUGAUGGACGACACUGAGGAUGUGUCCUUGGACUUUGGCAACGAAGAGGAGCUGGCCUUUCGGAAAGCCAAGGUCAGGCACCCCUUGGCCACCUUUUUCCACCUGUUCUUCCGAGUGAGUGCCAUCGUCACCUAUGUGUGCUGUGACUGGUUCAGCAGAAGCUUUGUGGGCUGUUUUGUCACCGUGCUUCUCCUUCUGUCCUUUGACUUCUGGUCUGUGAAGAACGUAACUGGAAGGCUCAUGGUAGGCCUCCGCUGGUGGAACCAGAUAGAUGAAGAUGGGAAAAGCCACUGGAUUUUUGAAGCCAGAAAGGUCUCUCCGAGUGGUACAGCUGCCACAGAGGCUGAGGCCCGAAUAUUCUGGCUUGGCCUCAUUAUCUGCCCCAUGAUUUGGACCGUGUUCUUCUUCAGCACCUUGUUCUCCUUGAAGCUAAAGUGGCUGGCUCUCGUGAUAGCCGGGAUUUCUCUCCAAGCUGCUAACCUGUAUGGCUACAUCCUUUGUAAGAUGGGAGGCGAGAGUGACAUCAGCAAAGUCACAGCCAGUUUCCUGUCCCAGACAGUGUUCCAGACGGCCUGCCCAAGCGACUUUCAGAAGCCUGGCCUCGAGGGGCUGGAGAUCCACAAGUGUUAGGCUUAUCUUCAGAGGCAGCAGGGGCUGCAGCCAGAGGUUCUCUAUUCAAAUGAGCUUCCAGGAGAGAAGAAUUCCAUGACCCACAAGCCAUUGGUUUUUCAGUGAAGCAGGCUUCAGGGAGAGGUUUGAGGAGAUGUUUUUAUUUUUAGAACAGCACAUUUGUAAAGAAUGCCCUUUACAUAUGUUCUAAAGAAAAGUGUACAAAUAUUAAGACGAUUAAAGUAAAGUGUCUCUGAAAAAGUGA